GUUGCGUCAGGCGCGCCGUCACAGCAUGGCGCUCCGCAACGGUUCUAGGCUGCUCAAGCUACAAGUCCUGCGACAAUCUGUCAGGGUAGGUCUCUUCACAAAACCAGUUGUGAAAAGCAGUUUAUUUUCGUGUGUUAUCAAGAAAGUAUAUGAUAAUAUCAUGCCAUGGCUUCUCUCAACUCAAUACAUUCCAAACAUUUCUCAAAAUGGCGGGAAAAAUGCCGAAUUUCCGGGAGUUAAAGCUCCUUACGUAACGGAGAUGAAAUUCCUGAAUGAGACCAGCUACGAUCCUAUCCCCAUUUAUAGGGUGGUGGACAACAACGGAGCAGUCAUAGAUAGCAGAGAGGAUCCCAACUUGGAUAAAAAUACCUUACUGAACAUGUACAAGACCAUGGUGCAGUUAAGUCAGAUGGACAAGAUUUUGUACGAGUCUCAGAGACAAGGCCGUAUUUCCUUUUACAUGACCAACUACGGCGAAGAAGGUAUACAUGUCGGGUCUGCUGCAGCUUUAACUCCAAAAGACUUGAUCUUUGCUCAAUACCGAGAAGUCGGGGUUUUGUUAUACCGAGGAAUGACGGUUACGGAGUUGAUUAACCAGUGCUAUGGGAAUGACGAGGACCCUGGCAGAGGGAGGCAGAUGCCAGUCCAUUAUGGUAGCAAGCAGCAUAACAUUGCGACCAUUUCCAGUCCUUUAGCAACGCAGAUGCCCCAGGCAGUAGGAGCAGCUUAUGCUAUGAAGAGACGGCCCAACAACGACGGCUGUGUCAUCUGCUACUUCGGAGAUGGUGCCGCCUCGGAGGGUGACGCUCACGCAGCCUUCAACUUUGCGGCUACCCUCGACUGCCCUAUCAUUUUUUUGUGCAGAAACAACGGCUACGCAAUCUCGACGCCGACGAGUGAGCAGUACCGCGGCGACGGCAUUGGAGCCCGAGGCCCGGCCAUGGGGAUCCACACCGUUCGCGUAGAUGGAACUGAUGUCUUUGCGAUGUACAACGCCGUCAGUAAGGCGCGACAAUUAGCCAUUGACCACAAUAAACCUGUUCUUAUUGAAGCCAUGUCUUACAGAGUUGGCCAUCAUUCCACUUCAGAUGACAGCAGUGCAUAUAGAUCUUUAGAAGAAAUUGAUAAAUGGACUAAAGAUGAGAGCCCUUUAUCCAAACUAAGACUUUAUAUUGAGAAAAAAGGUUUAUGGGAUGAAGAGGCUGAUAAAGAAUGGGCAAAAGAGUGCCGUAACACAGUUGUGAGAACUAUGCAAGAAGCGGAGAAAAAGAAGAAACCCCAUUGGAAAGAAAUGCUUGAAGAUGUUUAUUAUGACAUGCCACCGAGAAUUCAGAAACAAAUGCAACAAAUGGAAAAUCACCUGAAAAAAUACGGCGAACAUUACCCAUUGAAUCAACAUAAAACCGAAUAGAUUAUUUACAUUAAAUACUUUAUUAAAUAAAUACAUAAAUAAUAAAAGUA